AUGGCUCAAUGCUUAAUCUUCCUUCUCUUUCUACUCCUCUCCUCCACCCAUAUUCAUGCAUGCAGCCAGACAGAACGCACUUCUCUCUUGGCCUUCGCCCUCACUCUCUCUUCCCCUUCCUUGAAUUGGACUUCCAGUAAUUGUUGUCUUUGGGAAGGCAUAACUUGCAACCAAGAUGGUUUGGCCACCCAUUUGAGCUUACCUUCCAAAGGCCUCAGACUCAAAGAUAAUAUCUCUUCCUUGUCAUCUCUGAAAAAUCUCACACGUCUAACUUACCUCAAUCUCUCUCGCAAUUCACUUAACGGUUCACCAGGUCAAAUCAGAUUUUUCUUGUCAUUGAAGCAUAUUGAGAUUCUUGAUUUGAGCUAUAACCUUCUAUCAGAAGAAAUACCAAGUUCUACACUAUCCGGGAGUAUUCAGAUGCUGGAUUUGUCCAGCAAUUCUUUCGAUGGUGAGAUUCCAUCUUCAUUCUUCCAACAAGCUUGGAAUUUGACUAAUUUAAAUGUCAGCAAUAAUAACUUCACAGGAUCCAUACCAUCUUCCAUUUGUUUCACUUCUUCUUCAUUGAUCAAAGUGUUGGAUUUUUCUUACAAUAAAUUCAGUGGCACCAUAUCUCCCGGACUAGGGGAGUGUUCGAAGCUCAAGGUGUUUCGUGUCUCGGGCAUACUUCCAGAAGAUAUGUAUAAUGUUACCACUCUUGAACAAAUUUCAUUACCUCAGAAUUCCCUUUACGGAGUCCUCAGUCAUGGCAUUCUCAACCUCACAAACCUUGCAAUCCUUGACCUCCAUUUUAAUCAAUUCAACGGAAUGCUCCCUCUCCAUUUUGGGAAGCUCUCCAAGUUGAAACUGUUGCUCCUUCAUUUCAACAAUCUAAGAGGUUCUUUGCCCCCAUCUUUGAUGAAUUGCACGAGCCUUAUACAACUAAAUUUAGGAGCCAAUCACUUCAAAGGGGAUUUGUCCAUGUAUAAUUUCUCUAAACUUGGUAGGCCUAGUAAACUGGACCUGUCGAGGAAUCAGUUCACAGGUACCUUCCCCACUAGCAUAUACUCAUGCAAGUCCCUCAAAGCAAUUCGACUUUCUGCAAAUGAUAUUGAGGGACAAAUACAACCUGAAAUUCUGUCUUUGAAAUCAUUGUCCUAUCUCUCACUUUCUUUCAACAGAUUGACCAAUAUCACAGGGGAAAUCAAGAUACUCAUGCAUUGCGAAAGUCUCACAUUCCUUACCUCCGCAUCUAGUUUUGAAGAGGAAGAAGUUCCAGCUGUUCUUGGCAUGGCUGAUUUUGAUGGAUUCAAAAAUCUUCAACUUUUGGAUUUGAGUAAGAAUGAGAUCACCGGUCAAAUACCUAUAUGGUUAUCUAAGCUGAAGAAUCUAGAGGUCUUGAAUCUGAAUUCAAAUAAAUUCACAGGGUCAAUUCCAAGUCAGCUUGGAACUCUUCCUAGGCUCUUUCACCUAAACUUGGCAGUCAACCUCAUUUCUGGUGACUUGCCAAAGGAACUUUGCAGCCUGCCAAUGUUGGUGUCCCAAAACAACACCUUGUCCACUGAUGAUCUUGAAUUGCCUAUGUACUUCACAGAUGAUGGCAAGGUAGAUCAACAAUACAAUUCGUUGUUGUACUUUCAAGCGGCUAUAAUUCUAAGCAGCAAUAGCAUGACUGGAAAUAUGCCGAUUGAGAUUGGCCAAUCACAGCGUCUCAUUGUGUUGUACCUGGAUAAUAAUUCCUUCUCCGGCAAGAUUCCAGACCAGAUACACAACCUGAAACACUUGGAAGCAUUGGAUCUCUCCAUAAAUUAUUUAUCUGGAAAUAUACCAGCAUCAUUAAGAAGCCUUACUUUCUUGGCAGAAUUUAAUGUCUCAUACAAUAAUCUGGAAGGCCUGAUACCAACAGGCACUCAGCUCCUAAGCUUCAAUGCAUCUGCAUUCGAGGGGAAUUCCAACCUUUGUGGUCUUCCACUUCCAAGUGAGUGCCAACCACUUCCAAAUGAUGGGACUGAUGGAGAUGAUAACAAGAGUCAGCACCAAGUUCCAUGGGUUUUAGUUUCUGCUGUGCCUGGGUUUGUUGUAGGAUGUUGGGGAGUUCAGAGGCGGAGCCAGCCCAAUCUUGACUGGGCUGGAGCCUAG